AUGCCGCAAGGGAAGAAGAACAAAGCAGGACGAGGUCGUAACAACAAAAAGAAGAGGGGAGCAGGCCAUGGCAAGAAUUCACAUCUAAGGACUAAUAAUGGGAGGAAAGAACAAGUGGCAACCAUCAGUAACCUUCCUGAAAACCGUAUGCCGUCACUGACUUUUGAGAAUUCACUCGAAAGAGAUGCCCCUGACUAUCAAUCCUUUCAAUUGAAACAAGGAGCACUGCAUGAGACAUUUCCUACUGUCUACACCCGAUACAAAGCCGCCACCGAUCGUUUCUUAAAGUACAUGCAGGACAAUUCACCUGAAAGCAUUCACGGAAACAGAAUGAAUGUAAACUCCUUAAUAACAGCAACAGAUUGGAUGGAAGAAACCAAUCGACCGGUAGAACCAUCAAUAGUUAAGGACUUGGAACUUGUUAUUCGGGUCCGAUCAAGAGUUACGGAGCAGUCGUUAUUCGGAAGAGCCGACAUGUGCCAUCAGCACUUGCUUAAAACAAGUGUGUAUUGUUGGAGGGUUCUUGCAUCGCUCCCUCAGGCUUCCGUUACUACCAGUCUUGAAAAAGAAAUCAACGAAAAUCUGACUUUGUCGGGUGUAGAUGUUUCCGCUUCUAGAACUCGCUUCGAAGCACUGCAAGAUUCAGACGAGGAAGCUGAAAUGGCCGAAGAAGAACUCUUUCCAUCAAAACCUGUUGCACGCCCUGACCCACAGCCAGAACCCUUAUCUCUUGAAGAGACACUCAAGUCCGAUGCUCGUCAUGACAGCUGGUUGUUUUUGUAUUCAAUGGAUGAACUUAUGCGAAUUGUACCAUUGCAAUAUACUGCUGUUAGGAGGCAAGCGGUCGCUCAAAAACAAAGAGGAAGUCAGGACACUUCGAUUGUGGAAAUCUUGAUGGAAGCAGCUGUAGCGACGAACAUGGCCAUCCAGCAGAUGCAGCAACUUGAGAUGGAAUUUGAGCUUCACCAUCCAGACAUGGUAACCCCUUACCAACUCUUGGCAACCUUUGCCUUUCCAGGUAGCCUUGUCAAGACGAGAGAAAUUGUACGUGACCACGGGCAGAAACCUUGCUCUGAAAAGGAAGCAAGGCUUUUCUUGAGUGAGUGUUUGGAGCAUAACUUCCGACCGCCAUCCGACCCAGAAAGAAAGUGUUCAGUUCUUGUUUCGGAGUUCUGUCAACGAUACCAAAUCAACAACGCAGGAACGGAACAAAUCCAGGCGAUAUACCGCAGAGGCUUUGAAUCAUUUGUUUCAUUGGAGGUUCCAAUUUCCAGGGAUAGGACGAAUAACAAGUGGUUAUUUGAAAAGCUCAAGAAACACGACCCUAAUUUUUCUUCUCACUCUUGGAUUCCACGAGAUAUGGAGAACAUUGGUGGCGACAGAGCAAUCCACCACACUAUUCGACUGCUUCAAUUCUUUGGCGCAAUUGUAUCGCAGAUAGAAGAAGACGGAGGAAUUGCUAUAACACCGGGAUUCUUUGGACCUAAAUGGGAGCCAAGUAGGUCUGGCAAAAUUCAUGAGGAUAUGGAUGAUUUGCUGAUGUCGGAAAUUCUGCCAAAGUGGUUCCUCCUUAGCCGGGAUGGAAUCCUCGGUAAGACAGAUCUCCCAAGACAGAACGAGCUUGCCACGUUCUGGACAUGUAUGAAGGAGUACUUCAACGCCCCGACAAAUCCAGUUCGCUGGUCGAUUGCAUUUGCGGUACAUGCAAUGCUAACUGCCAUCAUCGAAACAGAUGGAGUAAUCGACGACACAAUGAUUUCAAGCCAGAUUUCUUUUGAAUCUUUCUUCGCACAGCUGGACAGAGCUACUCAAAUGAAGAAGAUGGAGGCCAAGAACCUCAAGACUCCUCUCUUCAAGCAUAAUAUGGCCAUCGGAAAGUAUCUCAGGAACUUCGGCCGCCCAUUGUACGGUAACCGCUCCAUGUGGAAUCCACUGUGUGGAGGUACCCUUCUAACCUACGUCGCCUUCUUUGGAAACCUCGAGGUUGGCUGUACCCUGAUUGAUGAACGCUCUCAAUUGAGGAUGGUAUUGCAUCUAUACCAUGCUCUGGUCGUCAACAAGAUGCUAAAAAGGGGUGAAGCUCCUUUGGUCGACACAUUAUUCGACAUAUUUCAAAAGAGCCAAGCUAUCUGGGGUGGAACACGCCCUACGAAGGGUCGAUUUGUUAAGGAAUUUUGGCUGUCCAUGGGAGCAGAUACGAGCUUUGCUGCAAAGAUGAGUAGCGAAGCCUGCGAGUUCAUACAAAAAGUAUCUUCCAAUCGAGCAGACCACCCGGUGUGUGAGGAUUUAGCUUCUAUGGACACCCUCAGCAUACCACCCAUUGAGCCAUCGGAAAUAUGUACAAGCUUUCGACGCAUUUGCAAUCGUGACUUUCACGAUGUGGUCGACAACUACCACACCCCAGAGCAACGUAGAAUUGGUGUUGGAAGUGACUCCUACACGUUGGCAGUUCAGACCAAUGACACCCUGGAUGCCAUCGACAAUGAACAGCAAACUCUUGCUUUGAACCUAUCCAGCGUUGGAACUUAUCUUGAGCAGUUCAUUUUCGAAUUGUCGGCCGUUUUCAAAUGGGAUCCAAUAUUGGAUCGUUCAUCCCAAGAGCCGUCUGAUUUUGGGCUAGGCAGACGACGAGUUGUUGUUCACAUGUUUGCCCAAAAUCUACUUGGAGCACUCGAUUAUGCAACGGAUCCGAUGGAGCUGAAGAUCUGUGAAGUUCCACAGGGACGAACAGCUCACGCAAUGAUGACUAAGCUGUUGCGUAUACCCCCUCGCGAAGUCACUUGGUUUCAAGCGACGGGAGAAGUUACGGAAGUGAUAACGGAUCGCACGAACAUCUAG